GCGGGAGGCAAGUGUCAGGCCGAUGUGCCGCCCGCGAGGGGCCGGGGCCGGGGUCGGGGCCGCCGGGGCCAUGCGCACGAGCUGGGCCGGGGGCCGGCGGGGCGCGCAGCGGAGCCGCCUCGGAGCCUGAGCCUCCCGGGCCGGGCCGGGGAGCGCGCGGGGCGGCCGGCCGGGGGGAGGGGAGCGAUGCGGCGCCGGCGGGCGGCGGUGGCCGCGGGUUUCUGCGCCUCCUUCCUGCUGGGCUCCGUCCUCAACGUGCUCUUCGCCCCGGGCUCGGAGCCCCCGCGGCCCGGCCAGUCCCCCGGGCCCUCGCCAGCCCCCGGCCCGGGCCGUCGCGGGGGCCGCGGGGAACUGGCCCGGCAGAUCCGAGCGCGCUACGAGGAGGUGCAGCGCUAUUCCCGCGGGGGCCCCGCGCCCGGGGCGGGCCGGCCGGAGCGGCGGCGCUUGAUGGACCUGGCGCGGGGCGGGCCGGGCCUGCAGCGUCCCCGGCCCCCGGGGGCCCGGCCGCCGCCCGACGGCUCCCCGAGCUGGCCCCCGGCUCCCGGCCCCGGCUCCCCCGGCUCCCCCGGCCCGGGCCCGCGCCUGGGCUGCGCCGCGCUCCGCAACGUGUCCGGCGCCCAGUACGUGGGCUCGGGCUACACCAAGGCCGUGUACCGGGUCCGCCUGCCCGGCGGCGCCGCGGUGGCGCUCAAGGCGGUGGACUUCAGCGGCCACGACCUGGGCAGUUGCGUGCGGGAGUUCGGGGCGCGGAGGGGCUGCUAUCGGCUGGCGGCCCACAAGCUGCUCAAGGAGAUGGUGCUGCUGGAGCGGCUGCGGCACCCCAACGUGCUGCAGCUCUAUGGCUACUGCUACCAGGACAGCGAGGACAUCCCGGACACCCUGACCACCAUCACGGAGCUGGGCGCCCCCGUGGAGAUGAUCCAGCUGCUACAGACCUCCUGGGAGGAUCGCUUCCGAAUCUGCCUGAGUCUGGGCCGCCUCCUUCACCACCUGGCCCACUCCCCGCUGGGCUCUGUCACUCUGCUGGACUUCCGCCCCCGACAGUUUGUGCUGGUGGAUGGGGAGCUGAAGGUGACGGAUCUGGAUGAUGCACGCGUAGAGGAGACACCGUGUGCCAGCAGCGCCAACUGUGUACUCGAGUUUCCAGCCAGGAACUUCACCCUGCCCUGCUCAGCCCAGGGCUGGUGUGAGGGCAUGAACGAGAAGCGCAACCUCUACAAUGCCUACAGGUUUUUCUUCACAUACCUCCUUCCCCACAGUGCCCCACCCUCACUACGGCCUCUGCUGGACAGUAUUGUCAAUGCCACAGGAGAACUCACGUGGGGGGUGGACGAGACGCUGGCCCAGCUGGAGAAGGUGCUGCACCUGUACCGGAGCGGGCAGUAUCUGCAGAACUCCACCGCAGACAGCAGAGCUGAGUACCAGCGCCUGCCAGACAGCACCAUCCCCCAGGAGGACUACCGCUGCUGGCCAUCCUACCACCACGGAAGCUGCCUCCUCUCCGUGUUCAACCUGGCUGAGGCUGUGGACGUCUGUGAGAGCCAUGCCCAGUGCCGGGCCUUUGUGGUCACCAACCAGACCACCUGGACAGGUCGGCAGCUGGUUUUUUUCAAGACGGGAUGGAGCCAUGUAGUCCCUGAUCUCAACAAGACCACAUAUGUGAAGGCCUCUGGCUGACCUGUCUGAGGGCUCAGCUGACCCUCCCCGCCCACUGGGCUUGCCUGCGAAGGGCGUGACUUGCACUGGCAGCAUUGCGUGUCACCCGGAACCGCUACAGACAAGGCUGACAUCCCAGACAGACGGAGGUGACCAGGACAAUGUGCAAUAAUGCCAAAUGUUAAAAUGUGAGUUUACCAGUCUAGGUGUGGGACUGCUGGCUCCAGGGCUAGAAAUCCUGGGGGGCUGGCGGCCUCUGCAACCCUCUGGGCUGCCAGCAAGGCUCAGGCUGGUCUCCCCUUGGGGGCUCUGCCCCUCACUGGGACAAUUCCUUGGGCAGCCCCAUCACUGUGUUCGUAGUGUGAGAAUGUAGCCAAAGCCCCGGCUGCUGCUGCUGCUGUUGCUACAGGUGCCAUGGCCUAGCGGGGGCUGCGUGGGGACAAUCGGUCAGAGUGUUCUCUCCACUGAGCUCCAGACAGGAGACUUGACAGGAUGCUCCAGGAAGUCAGUGAUCCUGUACUGGGGAGGCCACCUCUGGCCACCCGACUGGGGUUUCUCCUGGGCCAGCCCAGGGACAGGCGCAGAGGAGCACACAUGGUAUGAGCCAAGACGUGGGGUCGAGGAGCAGGUUGCGGUUUGAGCCAGGACCUGGAGUGGGGGUGGGGCCAGGGCCUUUCUGCCUCAUUUGCUUUCAGUGAAAGCCGAAAAACAGCCAAAAACAGCCUCUCCCUCCUCCUGGAGUUUGUAUAUCCAGAAGCUUUUGUACUUCUUGUUCAUUAAAAUGUUUAUUUUUGUAAAAAAAAAAUCAAUCAAUUAAUAAAAUGACAUUUCACACGGUAA